UGCGCCGUGGAGAAAAACGUGCAUGCAUCUCGUGUGGUGUGUCAUUGACAAACAAACCGAGCCAACGCUCACAGAAACGCUUCUCUGUGUUUUAUACAACUGCUGCAUACAAAUAGCACCAAAAAAAGAGGGAUUCAUAAAGGGCUCGCGGCAUGCAUGCACGCGUUACUGUGCGCGCGGAUAUUCGAAGGUGUUGGAGGUUUUCGAGUAAUUAAAAGUGGACCUAUGGAGCUGCUGCUGGCACACGGAGGGCUGGGCUGUGACUUCUGACUGCCUGCAUUGUUGCAUGUUUCCUCGAAUGGAAUAAUUGUCCUCCUCAUUCAUCAAAGGAAUAUUAUUGAUUGACCCUCCGUUUCACUCUCAAUGGUGCUUGAAGGAGAGAUGGACGGCAUCGGGAACAACAUGCAGAAGAAGGCUGCAGAGCUGGAGCGGCUCGCCGAGGUGCUCGUCACCGGAGAACAGCUGAGGCUGAGGCUCCACGAGGUGAAGGUGAUCAAGGAUCGGCGGCACCACCUGCGAACUUACCCAAACUGCUUUGUGGCCAAAGAGCUCAUCGAUUGGCUGAUCGAACACAAGGAGGCCUCCGACCGAGACACGGCCAUCACGAUCAUGCAGAAGCUUUUGGACCAGAGCAUCGUUCACCACGUGUGUGACGAGCACCGGGAGUUCAAAGACCUGAAGCUGUUUUAUCGCUUCCGGAAAGACGACGGCACGUUCCCGUUGGACAGUGAGGCCAAAGUCUUCAUGAGGGGGCAGAGGAUCUAUGAGAAGUUGAUGAACACAGAAAACACCUUGUUACAAACCAGGGAGGAAGAGGGCGGCACGUAUGAGCGAGCGCUGGUGGGCUCUGAGUUCAUUGACUGGCUGCUGCAGGAGGGCGAGAUGGCGGCCAGGGAGGAGGCGGAGCAGCUGGGGCGCAGGCUCCUGGAACAUGGCAUCAUCCAGCACGUCACCAACAAACACCACUUUGCCAACGGGCCCCUGCUCUUCCAGUUCAGGAUGAAUUUCCGGAGACGACGGCGGUUGAUCGAACUUCUUCACGAGCGCAGCCGCUGCAUCCCCGAGAGUCACGACAGCCCCUUCUGUCUCCGCAAACAGAACUCAGAUGGAGGCAACAACAGCUUCCUCUCAGUGAGUCCCACUAAAGAGAUUAAGGUGACGGUGGGAGUCCGGCGGAGCAGCAUGAGCAGCAGCUGUGGCAGCAGCGGGUAUUACAGCAGCAGUCCCACGCUCAGCAGCAGUCCACCUGUGCUUUGCAACCCCAAAUCUGUUCUGAAAAGGCAAGUGAGCCCAGAGGAGCUGCAGACACUAGGAGGAUCUUUUAUAAAGAAGACAUUCACUAUUGUGGGUGAUGCUGUGGGCUGGGGCUUCGUGGUGCGAGGCAGCAAACCCUGCCACAUCCAGGCUGUGGAUCCCGGUGGACCUGCAGCUGCUGCUGGCAUGAAGGUGUGUCACUUCGUGGUGUCGGUGAACGGGUUGUGCGUCCUCUCUCACGACUACCGGACCGUCAGCAGCCUGAUCCUAACCGGGCCCCGGACAAUCGUCAUGGAGGUGAUGGAGGAGUCAUAAUGUCGAGGAGAGCCGCGACUGAAUCCCUCACAGACGAGUAGUGCAGUAACAACGGCGGCACUUGAAGGUUUAGUCCUUGACCUCCAAAACCACAACAGGACAGAGCAACAUGGACGACUUUAAGGCAUACUCUUUCAGUUCCAAAGGUGGAGGACUGAGACACAGAGUAUGUCCAAGAAAGUGGUCUUUAAGUGAAGUAAAUUAUUAUACCUGCAGACCUAACAUACUGGUGGUACUUCAGUUUUUUCUUUGAAUUUACAGGUGCACGCAUAAAACAAGUAAAGGGUAAGAUCCAAAGUGCCCUCAAAGACUCACACAAAGAGUUUUAAUAGAGAAGCUACUUUAUGUGUGAAAUAGGAAGCCCAUGUUUCCUGGGUUUGUUUCGAAACCAGAACGGUUUCAUGAAUCUGUGGCUGAACAUGAAGAGGAUUCAAAGGAUGAGUGAUCAAGAUGGUCAUACGAGUACAAGCAGAUACUUUAACUAUAUGAAAGAAUAUUUCAUGCUGACACAUUUGAUGACCUCUCCCCCAGUUAGUUUCCAAACCUGAGCGAAGGUUCCUGGUAGCUGAGUGCUGCCCUCUGGAGGGAGAGGCAGGAAGACACACAGCUACACACUACAGCUUCCUGCAUCAGAAGUCUUUGGUUUAAGGUGAUUUUUCCUGUUUGGGGAACCAGUGUCAUUUAGAAAAAAGACACAUUUCUUCCCUUGUCGUGUUAAAGAAAUUAACAAAUCAAUUGAAACCCUGGUAGAUUUACCUGUAGCUGUUAGGUAUUAGUUAGUUUACCUAAUAAAAACUCAGUGCUAAACUCUGUGACAUUAACAGGCACAAUGUAUAUAGAAAAGUUAGGAAAGACUUAACGCACAAACAACCUAAAGAAGUUCUGCUUUAGAAGAAACCUUAAUGUGUACAUUUAAAGAAGCAACAUCACUUCUAUUUAACAUUAUUUGAAAACAAGAAAUGUCCACAAUAACAUAGGUCAUUGUUUGUUUAUAAAAACAGAGAUCGACUCUAUUAAACAUACUAUUGAGGUUUUGAACUUACAAAUAUUAGUAAAAAAUAAGUAAAUAUUUGUAAGGUGCGUUACAUUUAUUGCUGAAAACACAAAAUGUGGUGCAUUUUGUGCCAGUAACAAUGACACAAAUCUAUAAUUACCCUAAACUAUAAUUGGAUUUGUGUUAUUACAACCAGAUUUAAUUAGGAAGCUUUUUUUUUGUAGAUUUAAUUGACUUUAAAUAUAAAAAUGGUCUCUGUAUUUUUUUUUUUUUUUAACAAUUAAAGAGUGAAUAACUAUUAGAGCACUCGAGCUAUUAGAACAUUUGUUUUAAAUUGACAAAAGCACUUAAGUGACAAAAAGCUUUCUUCUUAAAAACAGAAUUUAGAUUUGUAAUAUCCGUAUGCAUUAAUGCAUAGACUCUGGAAAGGUUUUUGUUGAUUUUUAACAAACAUAUUUUAAUGCUGUGAGAAACACAAACAAAUAAAUGUUUAACUGAACUGCAGCAUAGCAGGCUCGACGUUUAGAUAAAUCAAUUUGUACGUACUUAGCCUCAAAGAAAUCGUCAGAAUUAGCUGUAUGUUUGUAGCCUCCCCCCCCCCCCCCCCCCAUGUGCAAAGACAUACAUGCAUGAGAAGACCAUAUUACUUGUUAGUUUUAGACAAAAGAACACUGCCUGGUUCAUUGAAUUUAGUCAAGUGAAAUAUUAUUUAAUACAAAUGCAGUACAUUUUUUCUAUUCAACAUUGACAUGAUAUUUUCAGGAAAUCUUUAUUGCCAAACAUACUGUACUUCACAGUAAACUGCCUCUUAGUCUCUGAAGUAAGUCAUUCAGAGGACUUCUCAUUGGUUUUCCCUCAAUGUGCUUCGAUGUUGUGCGCAGUGAAAUGCAUGAUUGUGAUGUAAAUGUGUGCUUAUGUAGCAUUAGCUUCUAAUCCAAAGCACUUCUUCUCUCUAUUGACUUGUAGGACUGAGUUAUCAGACAAAUAAUUUCAAAUUUAAAGUAGAGAUUUUGGCCUUUGUUUUCCAACAUGCUUUCCCAUUUUCUAGGUACAAUAUUGUAAUGUAACUUCCUCAAUAGUUAUAGACUAUUUUACAGACAUAAGUGAUUAUCUCUGGUUGAUAAAGGGUCAUGACAUUUUGUCUCACUUGCUCACAAAAUUCACCCCCUCAUUUUGUUGGGUGAUGACAUACUAUUUUAACACGAAGUUCUUGGGUCUGUUGUUUUGGGUUUGGAGAAGAUAUAAAAGACCCUGAGAUUUCAAUAUUCUUGAAUACCUUUUCAGAUUUGUCCAUAUAGCAGGUAACAUGACAAAAAUAGUUUUCAGACAUGAGUGAUGCUUCAAUCAAGGUUCUUCAUUAGUCUACUGUAGACAUUUCAUUAACGGCUCAUAUCUAAACUCGGCAUGUGUUCAGUUUUUCUUUCAUAUAGAAAUCGCCUUCCUGCAGUAUUAGCUCUUUUACCUGGAAAUAAGCUGUAGGGUUGGAAGAUGGAAAAUGUUUCCUGAUUGUCCGCAGGCAAGUGGACAAGUUGACUGUUUUAGAAAAUGGAAAUAUGCAGAAUAAGUAUGAAAGUGUCAAAUGUUUCCCUUCAGGUGGAUUUAAAAGUCUUUAAGGAGUUCUUUGUGGUCGUUGGCAGAAACGGGUUUGCUGACUUUUCACUGCAUUUGCCUUAAGACAUCAUUUUGCUGCUAACCCCAGUUUGAUGCUCAUCUAAUCUCCUGUUCUGUUCCCAGAUCUUUGUAUCCCUGACUGUUUUGAAAGUUGUACCAGGUAAUCAUGCCUCAGUUCUGUUGACAAUCAGUGUUUUAUGGACACCAACUCCAAAAUAGCACAACAGUGGUUUAAAUAUUGCCUGACAGAAUGUAUUCCUACAUUGUGCUGUUGAUAUUCUCAGUAUUACACCUUAACUUUGACGAUUACUUCACUCAUUUAAUUAAAGGGAUCUUUUUCUUCAGGUUCACUUCAUGAUGGCGCAAACAUUUUCAGUGUUUUUGUUUUCUCCGCUAUCAGAGAUUGAAUGUUAGGUUUGCGACAAUAUAAGCUAACAGUAACUGUCUGUUUUUGACAAAGCAGCUAAAGCUCAGUCUGAUGUUCUGAUGUAUUAAACAGUUGAUUAAAUGUUUAAUAAACAAGUUGAUUCUA